AUGCUUCAAAGCAAGAAUUAUAACGUUUCUCAUUUGUCACAUUACAAGAACGAGUUACCAAAGUUUACUCCAAUUGCACCGAAUACUAAGGAAAACUUGGACAUGGAUUGUACAAGCAAGAAGUAUACAUAUAAGUAUAAUUAUAGUGGAGCACAAGCGGCAUCAAUAGCAAGAAGGAACGCUCGCGAAAGGAACCGUGUGAAGCAAGUAAACGACGGAUUUAACGCAUUAAGAAAAAGAUUGCCGGCGGCGAUCGUAAACGCUCUGUCCGGUGGCUCACGUCGAGGUUCCGGUAAGAAACUUAGCAAAGUCGAUACUUUACGUAUGGUCGUCGAGUACAUAAGAUACCUGGAGAGUUUAAUUGAAGAGAGCGAUGCCGCUAUAGGCAUUAUACAAGAAAGUAAAAUUGCAAUGGAUAAGUCUCUUCACAAUGAAGUCGAUGAAGGAAUUUUCGGCGGAAGAAUGUCACCUUACUCCGAAUCGGUACCUUCGCCUACAAACUCGGAAUGUUCAUCGGGUAUCUCUUCGAGUGUUUCGGCAAACAAUGAUUGCUAUCAAAAUAGCCACUUUUCUGAAGUAGCUACUGUGGAUGAUAACGAGCUACUAGACGCAAUUACAUGGUGGCAACAAAAGUAG